GGAGAAGCGGGCAGGGGAUAUUCGGGAGCCGUCCGGCCGCGUGGGGAAGCGGCUGGAAAGAGACAAACCCGCCGCAGCGCAGCGCAGCGCGGCGCGGGUGUCCCAGGGGCGGCCCCGGCCCGCGACGGGCCCUGGGCGGGAAUCGGGGUCCCCCAGCUCCCGGCCAGCCCGCGCGCCGCUCACGCCCGGAGCCGGCUCCCAUCCCAGGGCCCGCCCGGAAGGAGCCGGGCUCCCGGCCGCUGAUGACGAGGGCGCGUCACGUGCGUGUCCCGGGCCAGCCUGACCCAAGCCCGCCGGUUCCUGACCGAGGCGCAGACAGAGCCCCGGCGUCGCGUCCCGGCUCCAUCGCAGCAUGUCCCACCAAACCGGCAUCCAAGCUAGUGAAGAUGUUAAAGAUACCUUUGCCAGAGCAAGAUAUGGACAAUACAGGAUUUUAAAAAUAGUUAUUGAAAAUGAGCAGCUUGUAGUGGGAUCCUCUAGGCAGCCUGCUGAAUCAUGGGAAAAGGAUUAUGAUUCCUUUGUUCUUCCCCUUCUUGAAGACAAGCAACCAUGUUAUGUAUUAUACAGAUUAGAUUCUCAGAAUGCUCAAGGAUAUGAAUGGAUCUUCAUUGCAUGGUCACCAGAUCACUCUCAUGUUCGUCAAAAAAUGUUGUAUGCAGCAACACGGGCAACUCUGAAAAAAGAAUUUGGAGGUGGUCACAUUAAAGACGAAGUAUUUGGAACAACAAAGGAUGAUGUUUCAUUGAAUGGAUACAGAAAAUACUUAAUAUCACAGUCCUCCCCUGCCCCUCUGACUGCAGCAGAAGAGGAACUUCGACAAAUUAAGAUUAAUGAGGUCCAAGUGGAAGUUGGUGUAGAUACCAAGCAUCAGACACUGCAAGGAGUAGCAUUCCCUUUGGCUAAGGAAGCUAUUCAGGCUUUGGAAAAACUGAAAAAUAAACAGCUCAACUAUGUGCAACUGCAAAUUGAUAUAAAAAAUGAAACUAUUGUUUUGGCCAGCACACUCCAUACUGAACUUAAGGAUUUGCCAAACAGGAUUCCAAAGGAUUCUGCACGCUAUCAUUUUUUCCUUUAUAAGCAUUCCCAUGAAGGAGAUUACUUGGAAUCCAUAGUAUUUAUCUACUCUAUGCCUGGGUAUACAUGCAGUAUUCGAGAACGGAUGCUAUACUCUAGUUGCAAGAGCCCACUGUUAGAAAUUGUAGAAAGACAACUGUGGAUGCAGAUAAUUAGAAAGAUUGAAAUAGAUAAUGGUGAUGAGUUAACUCCUGACUUCCUUUAUGAAGAGGUUCAUCCAAAACAUCAUGCACACAAACAAAAUUUUGCUAAGCCAAAAGGUCCUGCAGGAAAAAGGGGAAUCCGAAGACUAAUUAGGGGUCCUGCAGACUCUGAAACACCUACUGAUUAAAAUCUAUUACUUGCACUGGUGGUAAUACAUUACAAUAGAGAUGAAAAAUUCCAAUUUUUAGUAAUGAACUGAAAUCAUUCCACACUGAUAUAUGCUAGAAAUAAGCCUUGUUUUUCCAUAGCACUUAUCUGGCUCUGCCAUUUUAGAGUUUAUAUUGUCCAUAUACUGUGGAAGAGUUGUUAAUCAGUUCAAAACUAGAAAAGGAUUACAAAACUAGUACUGCUUUAUUUUUAAUUAUUUAAUAGCUAUACACUUUAUAAUAAACUCCUGAUCUCUGUAUUGAAUAUUGGUUCUAUGUAAUCGGCAGUCAGUUCUUACUAUUGGCUUAACUGUCACUGUGGGGCUAGAUUUGCAAACAUUUACUCACACGAGUAGCCUACUGAAGCUAAUGCGUACUCAUUUGAGUAAAGAUUUGCAGGAGUAGAUUCUGUAGCAGCGUUCCAAAUAAAGACCUAUUUUUUUUUCCUUGCAGCCAUCAUGAAGGAAAACAUUUUAUUGUAUGUAAUGUCUGUCUCUGAAGGUUUUUUAAAUAGAGAAGAUGAAUGAAACUAGUAUACCUGAUGCAAAUAUUCAGGAAUAGCUAGAUUAUUUUUCACAUAGAGGAUUUGCUGCUUGAAAUUAACUUCUGGUUUUGUGGAACUGUCAUUUAAAGAAAUCUGACAUUGAAAGCACUAGAAUUGUUCAUACUUCUAUACGAUCCUUAAACUGUUAAGUACUGUAUGAUCAAGUAUAACAUUACAAGUUUGCAUAAGUUAAUGCAUUCAGUCAAUUAUGGAGCUGCUCUAAAAUCACUAUACUAAAAUGUUUCUAAAUCAUGCUAUUAAACUAUAGUACCUGUAUACUCUGAUGCAAAAUUGUUUAUGCUUAGUAAAAAGGCUUCAUGAUACUGAAUCAGUUUUUGAGAGAAAACAAAUUGAUUACAAAUGGUUUUCCAAUGCAUUUGCCAUUUCUACUAUAAUAUAAUAAAUACAUUAUGAAGGCAGCUUUUUUCCUUGAAUGUUUUGAAAUUAAAUAGCAUGAACAUUUACAAAUCCAACUUGUUUAAAAAAACUGCUGGCAGAGCCUUAAUAGAUUUUACUUUAGUCCUUUUAUUGUUUUUCUAAAUUAACUACUAAAAUAAGACAAGGAGAGUCUAAAUUUGCUUUAACUAGACCUAAUCUGUUCAUUAGAAAGAGCAAAAAUACACAUUUUGUAAUAAGUAGGUAAGAAAAUCAAAUAUGAGACAUGUGAGUUAAGUUCUGGAUGAGCUUAAUUAAUUAAAAUGUGCUUAAAUGCGACCAAUGGUCCAGUGGGCAAAGUACAUUCCUAAUAAUGCAGUGGUUCUCAAACUUUUGCAUUGCUGACCCCUUUCACACAGCAUGCCUGAGUGUGACCUUCCUUAUAAAUUAAAAACACAUUUUUUAUGUUUAACACUAUUAUAAAUUCUGGAGGAGAAGCAGUACUAGGGAUGGAGGCUGACAGCUGGUGACCCCCCAUGUAAUAACUUCACGACCCCCUGAGGGUUCACAACCCCCAGUUUGAGGAUCCCUGUACUAAUUGGACUUGAAUUUUUUUAAAGAUCUAAAUAUAAAGGGUUUGUAGGUCUUAGAUCAUUUCAUAAUGCAUCCUGGGUGUUUGGCAUGUACAUUAACAGAUGGCAACAUCACAAUUGUGCUUACUUCAUUGGGGAUGUAUUUUAAUCUCAUUUUCUGGGGAGAUAAUGCAUUAACAGUAAUACUUCCUGGUGUGAUUUACUUUAGUUCCACCUAUUAUUUCCAACAGAGACUUUUAAGUCUAUUUUAUACUGCAAUAAAAUUUUACAUUUCAGCUAUUUGUAAAAAAUUACGUAUCUUGUAUCAGUGCUGUUUAAUAUAUUUCUCUGAUCCUCAGUUAAUCCCCUUCCAUCCCCUCAGUGCUCUGAUCUUCCUCCUUUGUCUCUUUUGCCCUCUUGUAGGGCAAAGAGGUGUGUUCUUCUACAGAUUUUUUUCCCCCUCUCUCCCUGCACCUAUCAGGUAUGUCUCAUGUUUUUGCUUAACAACAUAAUGUCUGUGUAGUACAUUGAACAAAUCAUUAUAAAAUUGCUAAGUGUUUAUUUAAAAUAACUGAAUCAGGAGCUACUUAGUGUUCCCAACUCCAUUUUUAAAAAAUGUGAAGUUAGACCCUCGUGAUUAAAAAGCACUGCCACAGAAGAAACUUUAGAAACACAUUUCAGCAGUGAAAACAUUUUUCUCACUGUUUCUCUGUUAGGAAUUUUAUCAGCUCUACUUGUGGCUCAGUUGACUUGUGCAUGUAAACUUCUACUUUGAAGUGGGAAUAUUAAAGGCUUUCAUAUUUUAGGUCUUAUGGUUUUUGGUAAUGAAGUGGUCAAGUCUAAUUGGAUAUAUGUAGCUAGUAUUACUACAUUGCACUACUAACUGGGUGAGGGGCAAAAGAUCUAUCUGGCUUCAAGAUUAAACUUGAUAAGUUUAUGGAGGAAAUGGUAUGAUGGGAUAACAUGAUUUUGGCAAUUAAUUAAUAAAUAACUACUAACUGGGUGAGGGUUAGAAAUCUUACUUGGGAUGGAAUUUAAGUUUUUGUUUUAAAUGUAAUUUUAAAAGGAAAAUAAUAAGACUAGCUGUAGAUAGAAUUCUUUCCUGGGUAUCUGGCUGGUGAAUCUUGCCCACACGCUCAGGGUUCAGCUGAUCGCCAUAUUUGGGGUCGGGAAGGAAUUUUCCACCAGGGCAGAUUGGAAGAGGCCCUGGAAGUUUUUUGUCUUCCUCUGUAGUGUGGGGCAUGGGUCACUUGCUGGAGGAUUCUCUGCACCUUGAAGUCUUUAAGUCAUGAUUUGAGGACUUCAAUAGCUCAGACAUAGGUGAGAGGUUUAUUGCAGGAGUGGAUGGGUGAGAUUUUGUGGCCUGCAUUGUGCAGGAGGUCAGACUAGAUGAUCAUAAUGGUCCCUUCUGACCUUAAUAUAUAUGAGUCUGAGUAUUCACCCCUACUAUAUUAUCUAUUCUGUCAUACAUGUUCACUAGACAAAAGCACUAAGUAGUAUCUGAUUAAUACUUUCUUGUCAGUGAACACUUAGAAGCAGCACACAAUAAGGGCAUUAAUAAAAGCCUGGACUACUGUUCCUUGAAAUAUUACUGGCCAUUUGAUGGUUGAAUGACUCCUUUCUAAAAUGCUGUUUGCCUUCAUAAAGCACAUGGGGAAAGAUGUAGCUGCUAGAACAAAUGAAUGUUAGGAAUGUAAUGAAUAACUCAAACCCCCUAGUUUAUUUAAUAGAUUUGUUAACAGAAAAAAUAUAGAUGAUGACCAAGUGAUAAAUUACUUUUGAAACACUCAUACAGCAAAAAGCUAAUAUGGGGAAAAUGAGAUUUUUAAAUUAAGGUAACUUGUGUUAGAGGUUUGUAUAACAAAUCAAGCUGUUAAUAUCAUUUGCUCUAUGUAGGCACUAGAUAAAUCUAAAAGUGAUUAAAAUACUGAUCAUGGAAACUUUCCCCCAGUACAUACAUAUUGAAUGUAAAACACCUUCAAAUGUUUCAGUUAAAUAAACCUCUCCUUACUGUCUUUUGUCAUUUCAAUUUAUCAAUAAAAACUGAAAUUUUGGUUCAA